CGGAUAAUGCUGGUAUACAAUGAAGUUGGAUGCAUGGCACUGUUCAAAACAACGGUGGUGGUGUGAAAACUCAGUCAUUGAAAGCAGCAGCGUCUUUGUUAUUGUUGAUUUAUGGAAUCUCAAAUCUGCUGGUUUUUCUUUCUCUUCCUUUCUUCUUUUUCACACCUGGUUCACAACACCUUUUAUUUCUCUUCCCUUUGGUUUUUCUACUUCUUUUCCACCUUUCACAUAGGUUUAUACCGUACGAUCGUGGUCACAUCGUAUUGACCCCUUUCCACAUAAUACCCCUUUUUCCCUAUUUAAUCAUUCUCUUUCCCGCCCUGUCUUGAAUGUUAUAAUGGCACAUCCAUAUCCGUUCUCGUCAAACCGGAAACCUCUUACUUAUCUCACCGAUACCUGGCGUAAUUUUGACUCUGGCUUAUCUUCGCCGCCUUCGUCACCCGUGGCUACAUGGUCAAGCAACCCAGAUUCUUAUUUGCAUCUAUUACAGCGAGCAUAUAUCUCACUUAACCAUCAUUCCAAGGAUGCAGGUUUACUUCAUGACAUACAACAAUACCUAAGGGAUCACAGGGAGAUAUCAGAAGACCGCACAGGCGAAGAUGAUUUUUUCGAUAAUGUAUCAUCGCUGGCUAGAAACCAAGAGUCAAAGAUAGAUCACCAUGAACAACCAUCGCUGCAUCUCAAAAGUCAACCAGCGACACCAGUGUCCAGCCGCAGGGCGUCAUCAACUUCUUACGCCAAUUUCUGCACUCAGGUGUAUGACCAGUGGUCGGAAACAGCAUCCAACGAGGGAACCGAAUGCAGUGCAGACAACCUCUGGAACCAGUUCAAACAGCAAAUAAAAGAUCUGCAGACUGAGAACAACAAUAUUCUGUCACUUGUAGUUGACUCUGAACUCAAGUUGAAAAAUGCUGCCGCCGAUAUUAAUUAUUUGCAAGAAGAAGAAAAACCUGCAUCUACUAUCGUCCAUGAUGAAGAGUUUUUUGAGGACGAAGUAGAUGAGCGAGUGGCCAUAAAAUCAAGGUACAGUCGGCAAGAUACUCGUUUAUCAUACUAUGACGAAAUGUUGCCUCCAUCCCCUACAGAGGUAGCGUUACGAUCACUGUUGAAAAACUGCAAGGAACAAGAAGGCAAGCGUAAUGUACUCGAUGAAACGCUUAGUUUACUUAAUAGGGGAUACGAUGAUAAAACAUUUCGGCGAGAUAUUCGGAGGAUCCUUGGAACAAGCUCGGCUGGUACCAAUCCUAUGGAUGAUUCAGAAAGCAUAAUUGACAUUAUGAUUCAAUGGCUUCGAUUUCUCAUUAUUUUAUUCCUCAGUGUUAUUAUCUGUAUUUUGAACGGUCCAAGUAGUCUAGGUGAUCAGAGGUAAUCCUAUGUUCCAUUGUAUUCAACCAACUAAAGCAUAAUCCAUCCAUAUGUAAAAGAAAAAGAAAGCAACAAUAAAACGUUAACAUUCCCCCACCAACCAAAUGUUUACCACCCUUAAAGCUUUCAC